CGGAAUCCUCGCGCAUAAAACUCUUAGCGCUCGAGACGUAUUGGAAAGCCUUAGGAGAUCGCAAUUCCUAGGUAUAUUAGAACAUUGGACGAAAAGCGACCGACACAUUACCGGCACGCUACAUAACCCCUGGCAGCUAUGCAGCACCAGGAAUCGACGAGCCCUCCUGGGUGGGCGCAGACGCUAUUGCAGCAGUUAGCACAGACCCAGGCUAUGCAGAACGAAGAACGAGAGCGGCACUACCAACAGGAAGCUGCACAAGAAGAACGGAUGCGUCGUCUCGAAGCAAUGUUAGAGCGCCAAGCCUCACUGGCCACGACGACAACCACGAUGAACGAAGGACAGGCGACACCAGCCCGAUCGGCUACCGAACCGGUGCCGAUUCCUCCACGAACAGAGAUUAUUCACCGACCGAAGCCCCGUCUCCCGGACCCAAAGCCAUUCGGUGGAAGCACGAGCGACUGGCCAACCUGGCGAAUUUCGAUUGAGAACAAGCUUAGUGUAGACGGCGAAGCUAUUGGUUCUCCUCAGGACCAAUUCAUAUAUGUCUUCUCUAGACUAGAGAAGCUUGCAUGGAAGAACACCGGAACCUUUGUGAAACUCCGCCGAGACACUGGCGAACCACAGGCCUUACUCGACUACCUCGAGAAUAUCUAUAGAGACCCGAAUAUCAAAGCACGCGCAGCUAGGCGACUCCACCAGAUUCGGCAACCGGAAGAUAUGAGCUUUUCUAGGUUCCUACCACGGCUAGAAAAGGAAUUCGCUGAUGCCGACGCUCUCGAAUGGCAUGACGAGGCCAAGCGACAGAUUCUCCUCGGAGCACUUAAUAAGACAAUGACGAAUUCGUUGAUGAAUCGGGGCAUUCCCGCCACCUUUUCGGACCUGAUCUCUCGGCUACACGAGAUAAGCUCCGAUAUAGAUGCCCUUAAUAUCACUAAGGCAGAACGGCCGCGUCGGCCGCGUUCGCCUAGACAGAACGACGACGAAAUAGAUUGGACGCCUACUAUAUCGGUAAACCGAACCGAAACCCACACGAAACACCACCGAUCUAGGACUGGAGCGCCGAGGUAG